CGCCCGCACGCCACGCGUGCCCUCCGCUCCCGGCAUGCCGCGCGCUCGUAAGGGCACCGCGCUCCGUAAGGGCGGCCAGCGCCGCGGUGGAGGUGCCCGGAGUAGUGGCCAAGCCGACUCAGGUUCCAGCGAGGAUGAAGCAGCCAGUGAGGCCCGCAGUACCACUAGUGAAUGCCCCAGCCUUCUCAGCACCGCUGCAGAAGACAGCCUCGGUGGGGAAGCUAUAGAUGAACAGGGCCAACAGGAAGACCUGGAGGAAAAGCUGAAAGAAUAUGUGGACUGCCUCACAGACAAGAGUGCCAAGACAAGGCAAGGAGCGCUGGAGAGCCUGCGCCUGGCCCUGGCCUCCCGCCUACUCCCUGACUUCCUGCUGGAACGUAGCCUCACACUGGCAGAUGCCCUGGAAAAGUGCCUAAAGAAAGGGAAGGGUGAGGAACAGGCCCUAGCUGCUGCUGUGCUCGGCCUGCUCUGUGUGCAGCUGGGCCCUGGAUCCAAGGGCGAGGAGCUGUUUCACAGCCUGAAGCCCCUGCUUGUCUCUGUGCUCAGUGAUGGCACAGCAAGUCCUGCCGCCCGGCUCCAUUGUGCUUCUGCUCUCGGCUUGGGCUGCUAUGUUGCUGCUGCAGAUGUCCAGGACCUGGUCUCUUGCCUCGCUUGCUUGGAAGGUAUUUUCAGCCGGUCCUGUGGUGCAGGUGGCUCCACCGCUGCUGCGGUCCCUGCCAACCUUCAUGGCCUGCUCUGUGCUGCCCUGCAGGCCUGGGCAUUGCUGCUCACCAUCUGUCCUAGCAACCACAUCACCCACAUCCUUGACAGACAGCUGCCCCGGCUGCCCCAGCUCUUGUCCAGUGAAAGUGUGAACCUGCGGAUUGCUGUUGGUGAAACCAUCGCACUGCUCUUUGAGCUCGCCCGGGACAUUGAGGAGGACUUUGUUUAUGAGGACAUAGAGGCCCUCUGUGGUGCCCUCCGUACUCUGGCCACUGACAGCAACAAGUACCGUGCCAAGGCUGACCGUCGACGCCAACGCUCUACUUUUCGUGCUGUGCUGCACUUUGUUGAGGGUGGUGAAUGUGAGGAGGAGACGAUCCGCUUUGGACUGGAAGUGCUCUAUGUCGACAGCUGGGCUCGACACCGCAUCUACACAGCCUUCAAAGAAGUGCUGGGCUCAGGCAUGCAUCACCACCUUCAGAACAAUGAGCUUCUCCGUGACAUCUUUGGCCUGGGCCCUGUGCUGGUGUUGGAUGCGGCUGCCCUGAAAGCCUGCAAAAUUUCACGCUUUGAGAAGCACCUGUACAAUGCUGCUGCCUUCAAAGCCAGGACCAAGGCUCGCAGCCGCGCACGGGACAAGCGAGCAGACAUCCUGUGAAGUGGACUGACCAAUGAGAAAGCUAUCCAGCCCUUGGCCAUAUUUUUUAACAGAGGACAGUGCAAAAACUGGUCCCUGCCAGUUAUUGUCACUUUAUUUUUUUAAUGAUAAACCAAAAACAGACACAGGAUGGAAGGGUGAGAGUCGGGAGGCUUAGGACCCUGGCCCUUUGUUUCUGCACUCAGCCUUGUGGCUGUGGCCUCUUCAUCUCAGACGGGGACAAGUAAUGUAUCUGUCCCGGGGCUGAGGAGCAAGGCAGGUGAGAAGGGGGCGUUUCUUUUUAGAUCUUUAUCCCCUGGGGUCACUUCCUUUGGGGGUCUCACAUCUGGACACAUGUCAUAUGGCAGGUGGGGAGACAAAGCUACCUAGAAAGGGUUUAUGUGCUGAUUUUUGAAAGAUUAUAAAAGAUAAUUAAACAAUGUUCAUCUUCCUA